ACUUUGUGACUGGUUUGAACCGCCCCUUGUUCGUUUCACUAUCGGCAAUUGGCUUCUAGAAAACCAACCGUUAACGUGGCCUAUGCCAACUUGCCAACGGCUCACUUGUCACUCUGUCUGAUCCGAGCAGCAGCAGCAGGAAGGAGAUGUAAAUCAAGAUGAAGAUGGCUCCAGGAGUCAGUGAAGAAGAGGAGGAGGAGGAGGAAGAUGAAGGUCAGUGCCUGAAGAGUAAGAGAUCGAUGUCACAACCCCUGCACUUCCAAAGACCUGAAUUUCCCUUUUGGAGCCCGAGGACAGAGUCUCUGGUGUCAUGUGAUUUCCCUCCAGGUUUCAGUCACGAGCCUCAGUCAUCAUGUACAAAACUCUGGACAAACGACCUGUACAACGAGUGGUGUGAAGCUGAGGAGCAACGAGGACCACAGACGUUCAGUUGGACACAAAAAGAUGAGCUGGAGCAGGAGGUUUCAGAUGAACAUAAGCUCAGUGUGAGGAGGAGAUGUGAACAUGUGACUGAAGGAACUGAUGAAACAGGAAGUAGAACCCUCCUCAACAGGAUCUACACUGAGCUCCACAUCACAGAGGGACAGAGUGAAGAGGUUAAUACUCAACAUGAGGUGAGGCAGCUUGAGACGGCUUCCAAGAUGAAGAUCCUCCAGGACACUCCCAUCAAGGUCCACGACAUCUUUAAAGCCUCCACUGACCAGCAGAGCAGCAUCAGAGUCGUCCUGACCAACGGAGUCGCUGGCGUUGGAAAAACCUUCUCGGUGCAGAAGUUCACUCUGGACUGGGCAGAGGGUUUAGAGAACCAGGAUGUGGGUCUGCUGGCUGUGCUUUCGUUCAGGGAGCUGAACCUGGUGAAGGACCAGCAGCACAGUCUUCUCACGCUGCUCCAUGUUUUCCAUCCAGAGUUACAGAAGCUCACUGCAGAGACGCUCGCUGUCUGUAAACCUUUGUUCAUCUUUGACGGCCUGGAUGAAAGCAGACCUUCUCUGGACUUCAACCACAGGGAGCUUGUGUCUGAGGUCACACAGAGGUCAUCAGUCAACGUGCUGCUGACAAACCUCAUCCGGGGGAAUCUGCUUCCCUCGGCUCUCGUCUGGAUAACCUCCAGACCUGCAUCGGCCAAUCAGAUCCCUCCUGCCUGUGUGGACAGGGUCACAGAAGUACGAGGCUUCACUGAGGUCCAGAAGGAGGAGUACUUCAGGAGGAGAUUCAGUGAUGAAGAGCUGUGCAGCAGAAUCAUCUCACACAUCAAGACGUCCAGGAGCCUCCACAUCAUGUGUCAAAUCCCAGUCUUCUGCUGGAUCAUUGCUACAGUUCUGGAGCACAUGUUGACCACAGACCAGAGAGGAGAGCUGCCAAAGACCCUGACUGACCUGUACUCACACUUCCUGCUGGUUCAGACAAAGAGGAAGAACAACAAGUACGGUGAGGGACAUGAGACGAGUCCACAGCAGCUGACGGAGGCUGACAGGGACGUUCUCCUGAAGCUGGGGAGGCUGGCGUUUGAACAUCUGGAGGAAGGAAACAUCAUGUUCGACCAAGAAGACCUGGAGCGGUGUGGCCUUAAUGUCACAGAGGCCUCGGUGUACUCAGGAGUUUGUACUGAGAUCUUCAGAAGAGAGUGUGUGAUCUUCCAGAAAUCAGUCUACUGCUUUGUUCAUCUGAGCGUUCAGGAGUUUCUGGCUGCGAUUUAUAUUUUCCAUUGUCACUUAAACAAGGAUGAGAAGCUGGAGAGUUUCCUGGGAACUCUCUGGGGUAGCUGUGAACUGUCCCUGGAUCUAUUCCUGAGGAAAGCAAUAGAUAAAUCACUGAAGAGCAAAAAUGGCCACCUGGAUCUUCUCGUUCGCUUUCUCCAUGGUCUCUCGCUGGAGUCGAAUCAGAGGCUCUUGAGGGGCCUGCUGGGUCGGACAGAGAACUGUCCAGAGAGCUUCCAGAAGGCAAUCAUCAACCUGAAGGAGAUGAGCACCUACGAUAUCUCUCCUGACAGGAGCAUCAACAUCUUCCACUGUCUGACGGAGAUGAACGACCACUCCAUUCAUCAGGAGAUCCACGACCCCAGUAUCCACCUAGAUGAAUCCGCCACUUGCCGAGACGCCGCUCCUUCCUUGAGUCCACUCCAUGCCACUCUGUUUUCAUCGAGCAGCAGCAGCAGGAGGGAGAUGAAGACAGGAGUCAGUGAAGAAGAGGAGGAGGAGGAAGAGGAAGAUCAGUGCCUGAGGAGUGACAGAUCCAUGCGUGAACCCCUGCACUUCCAAAGUCCUGAAAUUCCCUUUUGGAGCCCGAGGACAGAGUCGCUGGUAUCAUGUGAUUUCCCUCCAGGUUUCAGUCAGGAGCCUCAGUCAUCCUAUACAAAACUCUGGACAAACGACCAGUACAACGAGUGGUGUGAAGCUGAGGAGGAGCAACGAGGACCACAGACGUUCAGUCAGACACAAAAGGAUGAGCUGGAGCAGGAGGUUUCAGAUGAACAUAAGCUCAGUGUGAGGAGGAGAUGUGAACAUGUGACUGAAGGAACUGAUGAAACAGGAAGUAGAACUCUCCUCAACAGGAUCCACACUGAGCUCCACAUCACAGAGGGACAGAGUGAAGAGGUUAAUACUCAACAUGAGGUGAGGCAGCUUGAGACGGCUUCCAAGAGGAAGAUCCUCCAGGACACUCCCAUCAAGGUCCACGACAUCUUUAAAGCCUCCACUGACCAGCAGAGCAGCUUCAGAGUCGUCCUGACCAACGGCGUCGCUGGCGUUGGAAAAACCUUCUCGGUGCAGAAGUUCACUCUGGACUGGGCAGAGGGUUUAGAGAACCAGGAUGUGGGUCUGCUGGCUGUGCUUUCGUUCAGGGAGCUGAACCUGGUGAAGGACCAGCAGCACAGUCUUCUCACGCUGCUCCAUGUUUUCCAUCCAGCGUUACAGAAGCUCACUGCAGAGACGCUCGCUGUCUGUAAACCUUUGUUCAUCUUUGACGGCCUGGAUGAAAGCAGACCUUCUCUGGACUUCAACCACAGGGAGCUUGUGUCUGAGGUCACACAGAGGUCAUCAGUCAGGCUGCUGACAAACCUCAUCCGGGGGAAUCUGCUUCCCUCGGCUCUCGUCUGGAUAACCUCCAGACCUGCAUCGGCCAAUCAGAUCCCUCCUGCCUGUGUUGACAGGGUCACAGAAGUACGAGGCUUCACUGAGGUCCAGAAGGAGGAGUACUUCAGGAGGAGAUUCAGUGAUGAAGAGCUGUGCAGCAGAAUCAUCUCACACAUCAAGACGUCCAGGAGCCUCCACAUCAUGUGUCAAAUCCCAGUCUUCUGCUGGAUCAUUGCUACAGUUCUGCAGCACAUGUUGACCACAGACCAGAGAGGAGAGCUGCCCAAGACCCUGACUGACCUGUACUCACACUUCCUGCUGGUUCAGACAAAGAGGAAGAACAACAAGUACGGUGAGGGACAUGAGACGAGUCCACAGCAGCUGACGGAGGCUGACAGGGACGUUCUCCUGAAACUGGGGAGGCUGGCGUUUGAACAUCUGGAGGAAGGAAACAUCAUGUUCGACCAAGAAGACCUGGAGCGGUGUGGCCUUAAUGUCACAGAGGCCUCAGUGUACUCAGGAGUUUGUACUGAGAUCUUCAGAAGAGAGUGUGUGAUCUUCCAGAAAUCAGUCUACUGCUUUGUUCAUCUGAGCGUUCAGGAGUUUCUGGCUGCGAUUUAUAUUUUCCAUUGUCACUUAAACAAGGAUGAGAAGCUGGAGAGUUUCCUGGGAACUCUCUGGGGUAGCUGUGACCCGUCCCUGGAUGAAUUCCUGAGGAAAGCAAUGGAUAAAUCACUGAAGAGCAGAAGUGGCCACCUGGAUCUUCUCGUUCGCUUUCUCCAUGGUCUCUCGCUGGAGUCGAAUCAGAGGCUCUUGAGGGGCCUGCUGGGUCGGACAGAGAACUGUCCAGAGAGCUUCCAGAAGGCAAUCAUCAACCUGAAGGAGAUGAGCACCUACGAUAUCUCUCCUGACAGGAGCAUCAACAUCUUCCACUGUCUGACGGAGAUGAACGACCACUCCAUUCAUCAGGAGAUCCACGACCCCAGUAUCCACCUGUAGGCUCCAAUGUUAUUUACUCAUCACUCCCAUUAUUCCUGUGUAAUCAUGUUAUAAUGCUGCAAUAAAAGUUUGAACAUGAGUUAUCUGUCUGAACUUUAAAUUUGUAUCACAUUACAGUUAUUGCAGCUAUAGAUAUGAGUUACUUUACAGGUUAAGAAUCUAUAAAACGCAUCCUGAUGAUUCUUACAGGUAGAUAAGAAAAUAUCAGGUAAUGUUAUUGGGUAAAAUAAAGAAUUCUGUAAAAGUUUGUAUAUAUAUUAAUAUUCAAACUUAUUUUACUGAUAUACAGGGUCAAUAAUGAAUUUGUGAAAAUAUGAAAACGUAUUAUUAUUGAUUGAAAUACAGAAGAGUAAAAAUGUGUAAAUGGUGUAAUACACAGGAUAGAUUAAAGUCAAAGAUUGGUCAAAUAUGUUUAUUAAUAUAGAACAAGUGAGGAGUAUUGCAUAAUGACAAUAUUUAAUCAGAUACUCUUUCUCGACUUAUUUGUAAAUUCUGCAUCUUUUAGUUACAUUUCAAAUUCUGCGAUUGAAAUAAAAGUUGUUUUCACUGAGCACCUUGAA